GUGAGCGUGUACAAAAAAAAGUAAUAAUAAUAAUAAUAAUAAUAACAUAAGCACAAACAAACUGUUUAUAUGCUUGUGUACAAAAUAUAUACAUAUAUCUAUAUUUGAACUCUGCAAACAUCCCCGCACCUCCUUCCACCCAAGAAGACAAACCCGCGCAGCGCAGUGGCAUAUGAGCUGCGCAGCCAUGCGAGCCUGCGGACUUAAAUGGCGUCUACAAUAAUCGCACAGAGCAGCACAGGCGGCCCCGUCGAUCCGGCAUCGGCAGCUAACGGCAGCGCCAGCAGCAACAACACCCUGCCAGCAAUAUCGGCAACAGUCGCCUCGGCAGCUGCCGAUCUGCACAAUACGCAUCUCAAUCAGCUGAGCAGCCUCAGUCAGCACUAUACGUCGCCCUAUCAUCAUCAUCACUACCAGCAACAGCAACAGCAGCAGCAGCAGCAACAGCAACAGCAUCAGCAGCAACAUCUACAGCAGCAACAUCACCAACACUACCAGCAACAGCAGCAGCAGCAGCAGCAGUCGCAGGCGGAGCAACAUCCUCAGCAUUGGGAUUACUAUGCGCGUCAGCAACCCGCCGCGCCCGCCAACAAUAGCAACAGCAACAGCAGCGGCAACAACAACAGCGGCAACAAUAAUAGCAGCAGCAACGCCAACGGCAGCAACAGUGACAACAACAACAGCAACAAUACAAAUGUUGCAACACCUUUGGGCAGCAGCAGCAGCAGCAAUGCUAAUGGUCCUGCUGCCAGUGGCAACAAUGGCCACGGCCACGGCCACGCCCAUAAUCAGCACGUCCACGGAGGACAUAGUGAUGCCAACAAUGCCGUUGCUGCUGCCGCCGCCGCCGCCGCCGCCGUCGCAGCAGCAGUAGGCGCCAACGGCAACAACGCCAACAACUCCAACUCAAACUCAAACUCGAACGGCAGCUAUACACGUCCCUGGGAAAUGGAGUCCAAGGACAGCGUGCCGCCCCAGAACCAGCCACAGACGCAGCCGAAGAGCGGCUUUGAGCCCUUCUCAAAGCUGCCCUCAUUCCAGAGUCAAUUUCAUGGCUACAACGAUCAGCUAAUGCCCGAUGGCACGCCCAUGCCCAUGCCGAUGCCCAUAACAGCAGCGGCCGCAGCAGCAGCAGCCGCCGCCGCUGCCGCUGGAGCUGCCAGUGCCAGUGGCACAGCCGGGAUGAGCUCGCUCCAAACGGUGGCCAUGUCGCCGGCCAGCAUCUCGGUCAGUUCGCCCGGAAUGAUGAGCGUGGGCUCGCCGCUGACCCAGCUGCCGGGCAUGCAGACCAGCAUAACGCCGCCCUCGGGCAGCUUUACUCCGUUGGGCGCACCACCGCCGCCGCCGAAUGCAUUUCAUCACAUGCAUUCACAUCAUCGGGUGGCCGGAGCCGGAGUCGGAGCCGGUGCGUAUCCGCUGAUGCCGGCGGCAACAGCCGCAUUUGGCGACCUACAGCUGUAUCAGCCGCUGGCGCCAGGCUUUGCGCCGCUCAUCAAGAAGGAGCCGGUGGACGCGGCUGGCGGCGACUAUGACUUGCUAACGGGCAGCAUGCUGCUCAAGAAGGAGGACUUUGAUCUCAGCAACAGCAACACGCAUCUGUCGCAGCAACAGCAGCAGCAGCAACAGCAGCAGCUGCAGCUGCAGCAGCAGCAACAUGGGCACACACAUCCCGGCCUGGGCGUGGCUGUGGGCAUGCAUACGCCCACAUCGUACGACGGCAACAACAGCAACAGCUAUCCGCAUGCCGCCAGCAGCAGCGGCAGCCACACGCCGCACACGACGCAGCCGCUGACGCCGACGCCAACAACAACGACGCCCCUCAAGGUGGAGAAGCUGCUGCAGUCGCCCAUAGCGCGGCUGGAUGCGCGCAAAAAGGAGCGCCGGAAACAGCGGCCCAAUUCGCUCGAGUCCAGCGCCGAGAGUGAGGCCAGCGGCAUGGACGUUGAUCCCAGCGGCGGCAAUCCCGGACAGGUGGAUGCCGUUUCCAGCACGGCCAACUUCAAGAGCCCGCUGAGCGCCCUCGGCUUGGGCGACAGCAGCGAUGCGAAUGCCAAUGGAUGCGACAAGCAGGUAAGUUCAGCUUAAUGGUGCGUCCCGGCGAUAACUGGCAAACGCUGCGAAUAAUAGGAACACCCACCCACCAUGACCUAUCACCAACACCAACAACGCCAACACCAACAAUACCAACCCAAUGCCAACAACCACCACUCCACCAACAACUCCUUCUCUUCUUCCGCCUCUGUUUUGCAGUCGAAGAAGAAGCGCAAGCGCUGCGGCGAAUGCGUCGGCUGCCAGCGCAAGGAUAACUGCGGCGAGUGCGCCCCCUGCCGCAACGACAAGAGCCAUCAGAUCUGCAAGCAGCGACGCUGCGAGAAGCUCACCGAGAAGAAGGAACCCAAAGCCAAACCCAUCGUUUACGGCGCCGACGGCCAACCUGUUCGUCCAGACGCCAAGCGCGGACGCGGCAAGGGCAAGUCAACUGGCGCCAAUGCCGCCGUCGUCAAUGCCACAGCUGUGGCCGCUGGCAAUGGAACACCAACAACUGGGUCACGCGCCCGUAAAACCUCCACCAAAGCAAACAAACUGAAUGCAGCCGCUGGUGCCAUUGCAGCCGCAUCAGCAACAUCGCCACGUCUAAGUCCAACGCCAGCAGCAACACUGUUGCCGCAGCAAUCGCCAAAUACAACAACAGCAGCAGUUGCCGCAGCGGGCAGCUUGCAGCAACAGCAGCAGCAGCAGCAGUAUCAGCAACAGCAGCUGCAGCAGCAAUUGUUGUCACAUCAGCAGCAACAGCAACAACAGCAGCAGCAGCACUAUCAGCAGCAGCAACAGCCGCAGCAGCAUUUCCAGCAACAGCAACACUUGCAGCAGCAGCAACAGCCAACGCAACAUCAUCAGCAGCAGCAGCAGCACGCACAGCAGCAGCAGCAGCAACAACAGCAACAUUUGCAUCAGCAGCAGCAUCAAAUAACCGCACAAAUUCAAACCAUGAAGGAUCAACCGCAACAACCUAUGGCACCCAUGGCCUUCUAUCCGACAUGGCAGGCGGAUCCGUCGCAGGGCUGGCAGAACCAGUUCAUACAGCAAAUACCACAGAAUACUCCAGCCAUCACAUCACUCAACUCCUUGGAUUUCCAGACACAGUCCUACGCCUAUCCAUCAAAUGGCUACGUGCAGACGGGUCUCGGCUUCGAUCCCAACUACGGCCGUUCGCCAUAUGGUGCGCCCGUGCAGCGCUACGACUUCCAGAGCCAGCAGCUUUCCAGUGCACCGAUUAAUCAGGUGGGUUUGCAGAGCGUUGCCGCCGGCUUUCCGCCCGGCGGUGUUAGCUAUGCCGGGCAAGUGUCGACGGCGCCGGCGCCACCAGCCGUUGGCCUGCAGCAGCAACAGCAGCAGCAGCAACAGCAUCUUGGCGGGGAUCUGAGCAAGAGCAUGUCGGGAAACGACACGCCUGGAUAUCCGCGGGUGAGCAGCGUGCCGCCGCGCUCACUCAACUGUAACGGGUAUCCAGGCGACUUCAGCGGUUCCAGCAACAGCAACAACAGCAACAACAGCCACAACAGCCACAACAGCAACAACAAAACGACAACAGCAGCGCCCAGCGUCGCAGCCGCGCCGACAGCCACUGGCCCUGGUAAUACGGUUGUGGCCCAGCCAGCUAGCUCACCUAUGCAGCCACAGGCCCAAACGGUGCCUCCAUCGCCCACGCGCAGCCUCAUCCAGCAGCAGCAGCAGCAGCAACAACAGCAACAGCAACAGCAGCAGCCACGCCUCGUCUCGCAGUCGCCCAGCCAGGUGCCGCCAUCUCCGAAUGGCAACGGACUGCAGCCCUAUGGCAGCAGCGUGCAGCCACAGCAGCAGACGCAUCCACAUCUUGGCUCGCCGCCCAUGCAGGACUGGAACUGGAGCAAUCAGCAGCAACAGCAGCAGCAGCAGCAACAGCCGCCGCCGCCUGCACAGCAGCAACAGCAGCAGCUGACGAGCGAUGGCUACCCGGCGCAGGGUCAGGGCGAACGCUUGCAUCUGAACACGCGCAUCAAGUCCAUGAUUAUGCGCAAGAGCGAUUCCAAGGAUGCGCCGCCCGACAUCCAGCUGCAGGGCCAGACAACAGCCCCAACUGCCGCCCAACAGCAACAGCAGCAGCAGCAGCAACAGCAGACCGGUCAUUUUUUAUCGUAUAGCCACCAUCUCCGCCCCGAGACGGCGCUGAGCGCCAACGGCUCGAGCAGCGUCGCACCACCGCUGGCCGUUGCCGAGCCCAUCGGAGGUGGUGGCGAUCAAAUCUGGAAGCCGCACCACGCGAACUCGUUUAAGAAGCCCAGCGUGGGCAGCGGCUAUGCCGGCACGGACCAUCAGCUGCAGCUACAGCUGCAACAACACCAGCCAGGACAACACACAACCAUCAGCCAUGCGGAGGUGCCGCCACAGCCGGCCAUGCCCAUUCAGCCGCCGGCACAGCCUCAGCCCAAGAAAUCGCGGAGUCGCAGCAAGGCGAGCCGUGCCGCUGCAGCCGCCGCGGAGGCCGCCGCCGCCGAAAUUGAACGGGAUCGCAAUGCCAACGAUCCGGGCGGCGGAGGACUGAAGGCUCUGGGCGCACACUAUCCGCCACCGCCGGGCAGCGGUCAGGACUAUCACGGGCAAUAUAUCAAGACGGAGCCGGGUCUAUUGCCGCCACCGCCGGGCGGGCAGCCCAACAAAAUGGAGGGCUACGAGCGCAACUACCAGAACUUCAUUCAAUAUGCCGACUUCUGCCAAAACGAUGGCCAGGGUCAGCCGGUGCAGCAGCACCAGCAGGACUACGCCGGCUACCAUCACAACUCGGCGUACUAUGGCGCCGGCGCAGGCAGCUUCCAGCAGAACUUCCAGCAGAGCUUCGUGCCCGGCUAUCAGGCGGCAGCGGCCUAUGGUAGCCGUGGCAAGCCGCCAUCGAAUGCCGCCCACCAUGGACCACAUGGCCAUGGGCACGGCAACAGCAUGCUGGAGCUGGACCGCAAGCCGGACACCAACAACAUCAUACCACUGCCUACAAACUAUGAGAAGGACAUACCGGCGCACGCGUAUCCCAUUCCGGCGCAUCGCUAUGCGCUCGGACACGGAGCACCGCCGCCGCCUCAUCUCAGCCACCACGGCAUGCUGGAGCCCAAGCUGGAGGACAUGGGCAUGCUGGGACAUGGCCACGGACAUGGCUAUCCCUAUCUGGGUGAGGGUAAGCCGCUAAACAACGGCUUCUCGUGCUGUCGCCAGGGCGGCACCAGGCCACCCACUGCGGAGCAUCUCAAGGACGGCACCUGCCUAGGCCUGGGCAUACAGCCCAAGGAGGAGCUGCUGGACGAGGACGAGCUGGCCGAGGCGCACAAUGGUGUGAAGGCCAAGUCCAAAAAGCAGAAACAGGAUGAGAUACCUGAAAUAAUUGUUAAACACGAGAAAAUCAAUCCCAUGUUCGAUACGACGGAUCGCCUGGAAAAGGGCAACAAGACGGAAAUACCCGAAUGCGAGUGCUUUCAGUCCGACAAGAAUCCUCCAGAACCGGGCACCUACUACACACAUCUGGGCACCGCAUCCACGCUGAUGGAGCUGCGACGCGAGUUCGAGGAUCGUUGCCAGCUGACGGGCCGUCAGUUACGCAUCGAGAAGAUCGUCUACACGGGCAAGGAAGGCAAAACCUCGCAGGGUUGCCCGGUGGCCAAGUGGGUGAUCAGGCGUGCCGAUCCCGAGGAGAAGAUACUUGUUGUUGUCAAGAAGCGUCCGGGUCACAGAUGCAUCGCUGCAUACAUCGUGGUGUGCAUGGUGGCCUGGGAUGGCAUGCCGCGCCUGGAGGCAGACAACGCCUACAAGAAUUUGAUACCCAAGCUCAAUAAGUACGGACUACCCACCACGCGCCGUUGCGCCACCAACGAGAAUCGCACCUGUGCCUGCCAAGGACUGGAUCCGGAGUCGUCAGGCGCCUCGUACAGCUUUGGCUGCAGCUGGUCCAUGUACUACAAUGGCUGCAAAUAUGCGCGCUCCAAGACCGUGCGCAAGUUUCGGCUGUCGGUGAAGAGCGAAGAGGCAGCGAUUGAGGAUCACAUGAAUCUGAUUGCCACGCUGCUGGCGCCGGUCUUUAAGCAGGUGUGCCCGCGCUCCUAUGACAAUCAGACCAAGUACGAGCACGAGGCAUCCGACUGCCGGCUCGGCCUGGAGCCGGGCAAGCCCUUCUCGGGCGUGACCGCCUGCCUAGACUUCUGUGCGCAUUCGCAUCGCGAUCUGCACAACAUGCAGGAUGGCUGCACGGUGCACGUGGCACUGCUGAAGCCCACCAAUCGCGAUAGCCGCCUGCCCGACGACGAGCAGUUCCACGUCCUGCCGCUCUACACGAUGGACGGCACGGACGAGUUCGAGAGCGUCGAGGGGCAGCGUGAUAAGCAUCGCACCGGAGCUGUGCAAAUGCUGGACAAAUUUCCCUGCGAAGUACGAGUACGCUCCACGCCGCUGAUACCCUGUCGCCGGCACGGCAAGAAGCGCAAAGAGGACGAGCCGGCGACGCCGGAUGGCGAACAGGACGCCGCUGCCGAUGGCAGCAGUCAGAGCUCCAGCAACGGUACCCAAUCCCAGUCCCAGCUGGCCCAAUCCCAGCAGAGCAGUCCGCCCGCCUUGGGCGCAGCGCACAUCAAGAAGGAGAACGGCGCCAGCAACAGCGGCGGCAGCAGCAGCAGCAAAUCAAAGUCGAAGGCAAAGUCGAAUAACUCGAGCGCAUCCACGCCCGGCUCGGCGCCGCCAACGACUCCCUCGCCGCGCUGCCAGACGCCAGUGACGAACAAUCCCAGUCCGGCGGGCAGCGCGUUCAGCACACCCCCGGUCAAUCAGCACGGCGCCAAUCCGAAUGCCAACAACAGCAACGCCGCAGCUGGCGCUGUGCCCGCUCCACCUGGCGCCCAACCCAAUCAGCUGAUGAGCUCGAGCUCGAGCCUCAUGAACAUGGCCACCAUGAUCGACACCUUCACGGACGCCCAGCUGCAGUCCAAUCAGAUCUCGAGCACCGUCCUGGACUCGCCCUACUCCUACGACUACCAGACGGGCUCCUACAUUGACUCGCGCAACUAUUACGGCAACUGGCCGCCUCAUGCCAUGGGCAUGGCUCCCGGCAGUGCUGCUCUGACGCCGACGACGCCCACAGCGCCGCUGGUGCAGCAUACGCACACGGUUACGCCGCCAGCAGCAGCUGCUGCAGCUGCGACAGCGACAACAGCAACAACAGUUGCGCCAGUAGCAACAGCCACAGCUCUGCCGCCUGCCACGCCUGCUACAGUGACGCCUACGCCUGCUCAGCACGAUGCCAGCAAUGGCUAUACGCCCAGCUACAACAAUCUGACGUCACCAGCACUGAGCGCACAGCAGCAGCAACAGCAGCAGCAGCAACAGCAGCAACAGCAGCAGCAACAGCAUGGUGUCGAUAUAUCCACAGUUGUUGGUGGUGAGCUAAAGAGUCGCGUCAGCGAGGAGAAUCCCGACUCGACAACGCUGGUGAAUCACUCACUGGUCGAGAGUAAGUUAACCGCCUUGACAGCCAUGCAACCCAUGACUAAUCUAGCACCACCACUUCAUCACCACCACCACCAUCAUCCGCAUACGCCAGAGGGCUUCGUCAAGCCAAAGCCGCCGCCAAGCGAUUACCAGUACUCGCAGUACCCGAACAACUAUCAGAUGUACCCGCCGCCACCACCGCCGCCGCAUUCGGCCUACUCCGCAUACGACGCCUACCAGAACAUGAACUAUAAUUAUGGGUAUCAUCAUCAGGCGUACUCACCGUAUGGCAUGUAUCCGCAGCAGACGCCGCCGCCGACGUCGCCGUCGCCCAACUGGAAUGUUUAUGGACAUCAUCAGGGCUCUGGCAGCUAUGGGCCCACCGGCGGAGGAGCUGGUGGUGCAAUGUUGGCCACGCAUGGUCCUGUGCCGUCGGGAGCGACUCUGGUUAAGCCCACGUUGCCAACAGUAGUGGCUCCACUGCAACAGCAGCAGCAGCAGCAACAACAGCAACUGCAACAGCCUCAACAACAACAGCAGCAGCAGCAGCAACAGUUGCCGGCGACACCACCCCAAACGGUUUUGCCCGAUUUGAGCAACGGUCAACUAUCGGUUAAUAGCGUGGAGCCCAUUGCCACGCCCACAGCAGCGCCUACGGCUGAAGUGCCGCCCAUUGGCAACAACAGCAACAGCAGCAACAGCAACGAUGCCAACGGCAACACACCUGGAGCCGGCAACAACACGACGACAACAGUCGCGCCCGCCAGCACCAAUUCCAGCAAAAUCGAGCCCAUCGGCGAGGUGGCCGAGAUUAAUGAGAACAUCGAAGCGUUCCAGGAUCCGCAAAUGGGCGGCGUUGCCAUUGCGCUGAAUCAUGGCAGCGUGUUGAUCGAGUGCGCCAAGCACGAGAUGCAUGCAACAACAGCUGUGCGGCGACCCGAUCGACAUGAGCCGACGCGCAUGACCCUGAUCUUCUACCAGCAUCGCAACUUGAAUCGGGCCAGGCACGGCAUCGAUGAGUGGGAGGAAAAGAUGCGCGUGAAGAAGAUCAACACGGACCUCGACAACAAAGCCAAAGAGGAGCGCGAGCGCUUGCUGAAAAAGGCCGCGGGCGAGGAUGACGAGGAUGAGGAUAUGCACGAUGAACAAAUGGCGGCGACGGUGCCGCCGCCGCUGCCCAGCAUUAAGAAGGAAAGCAAUGGUAGUGGCGGUGCCGUCAAGAAUGGCGCCAGUGGCAGCAAAAAGAAGAAGACCGAUGCCAGCAAGAAGUCGCAGUCAACUAACAACAACAACAACAAUAGUAACAAUAACAACAACAACAGCGAGCAGCCAAAAAACGAGAAAGUUGCCCUCCACGCACCAACACUAACAACAACGUCGUGGACGACCCUGUUUCCUAUGCACCCAUGUGUGGUUACGGGGCCCUAUCAGGAGGGCAAUAGCAGUCCAACCUCGUCCACGAAUGGCAACGCCAAUGCCAACAACAACGCGAAUGGCAACACCAACGCGAAUGGCAACACUGGCAAUGCCAAUGGCCCAACAGGGCAGCAGUCGGCAGCGGUGGGCGUGCCACCGCCGCAGCAGCCGUCGCAGCAGCCGCCGCCGCCAGCGCAGCAAACCUGAGCGCCUACCAGCGCCAGAUGGGAGGAACCUACUACUACUGGCAGUAGCAGUAACAGUAGCAGUAACAGUUACAGUAACAGUAGUUGCAGUCGCUUGGAUCUAUUGCCGUUUAGCUCUAAGCUUAUGCCACAAUCGACUGAAAUAUUCUCACAGCAAUUUAUUUUUGUAAACGCGUCCUGAUUUCGUGUGCCAUACGAGGGUAGGAGGCGGGCAGCAGGUGGCAGGGUGACCCAGCCAGGCACCAUUCCAGCAUGCAGUAAAACACUACCAAAACUCCACUACACACAAACACAUACACACACACACAUGCCUAGUUUAUACACUGGAAGAACACAAAUGCAGCUAGAUACAUAUACAUACAUAUAGAAAGAAAAAAAAACAAGCAAACUUUAGUUUCUUAAGAGCAGCUAUAUUGUUGGCAAAUUCUGUUAAAUGCGUUACUUUUAAUUUGAUGUUCUCUCUUUCUGUUAAGAAUCAAAACACACUACAAACAACAAACUACAGAACAAACACUAGAAAACAAAAACUGAAUCACUAAAAAAUAAAACAAAACAAAAACAAAAAAAAUAUCUAAUAAAUAAAAUGCUAAAGUAAUUUUUGCUUGAGUUUCUAUCGCGAGCAAAAUAAACAAAUUAAUAUUUUAAACAAACGAUCAUGCAAAAAGAAAACACAAAGAAAAUAAAAAACUGUUAGUGGACGGACACUCGUAAAAGAUCAUUGCCAAAAGUACAAAUAAACCAAUUUUUAAAGCAAACUAGAAACAACGUAAACAAUUUCGCAAACAACUAAACAAAAUACAAAACUUAAUUAAAUAGUCGGUAACAUGUUUUUACUGCUAGACACUAAAAUAGCACAACAAAAUCAACAAAAUAUUUUUCAACUAGCUUUUGCACUUUAAUUCAACAAAACCCAACAAUUUGACUGUCACUUGUCGCUGUUUCAUACUCUUAAGCGCCAAGCGAAUUCAAAUUGGUGGGCAGCAAAUGACGCUCUUUUGGUGCAUUGCAAACGACUCUCUUUCGAUCGUCGCUCUACACCCAAGAGAGCUGCAUUUGUCACAUUUGAUUUACCGUUAACUGCAAGUACAUUCACAAACAGACACACACACACACAGCCACACAGAGAGAGCGUUACAAAGGCAAACUACAAUAACUAACAAAGAAAAAUGAAGAAGAUACAAAAACAAAUUGAAUUUACAUACUAACACUUUUGUAUUUAGUAUGUGUGCGUCUGGCGAUAGAGCACAAUAAUGAGGGAGCUGGGAUGGGCAGCAUUUUAAGCUAAGCAUACGUAAAAAGCACAUAAUUAAGCAUAAAGCAUAACAUGUGAGGGGGAAGUGAAGGAAAUGUUAGUAAAGCAAAGAGAGGAGCAGCGCGUAAAGCAUCAAGACAUUUUUUAAACAUUAUUAAUAAAUUAAGUUUAAGCAAACAAAAAACAAAACACAAAUUACCCAGACAUACAUAUAUGAAAUAAAGAGCAACAAAUGAAGUUUUAUUUAUUUAUGCGCGCCCAAAAAGGUAGAACUUUCUUUUAUAUAUAAUAUGUGCUGUAAAUGUUAAAGCAAAUUCAAAAAGAAAAACAUAAAAAUCCCAAAAAAAAAAAGACUCGAAACCAAGCAAGUAUUAAGUACACAAAAACAACAACUAUAAAUUAACUAAAGGACAACAUAUUUUGCUUAUUCAUUUCACGCAUGAAUUGUUGUAAAAAGCUAACUCAAUUAAUUUACAUCCAUCCAAAUGAAAAAAUCAACAAAAUGGCAGCGCAACUGAAUUUCAAAUCAAAUUAGUCUAAACAAAAACAAAAAGAAAAACA